AUGCACACUACCGACUAUGCGCCGCUCCUGAGCGAAGGGAACCAGUCUCUGGGUUUCAGUCCCACUUAUGACUUAACGAUGGGAACACCUGGAAACAGCACCGUCCACCCGAACGGAUCCGAUCCGUUUGCGCGAAACGAGGAGGUUGCCCAAAUCGAGAUAAUGGUCCUGAGCAUCACCUUCGUGGUUGCUGUGGUUGGGAAUGUGAGCGUCCUGCUGGCGAUGUACAACACUAAGAAGAAGAUGUCGCGGAUGCACCUUUUCAUCAAACACCUCAGCCUGGCAGACCUGGUGGUCGCCUUCUUCCAGGUGCUGCCGCAGCUCUGCUGGGAGAUCACCUUCCGCUUCUACGGUCCAGACAUUCUCUGCAGGAUAGUCAAGCACCUCCAGGUGAUGGGGAUGUUUGCGUCCACCUACAUGAUGGUGAUGAUGACCCUGGACCGUUACAUUGCCAUCUGCCACCCUCUGAAAACCCUCCAGCAGCCCACCAAACGCUCCUACAUCAUGAUCAUCUCCACAUGGAUGUGCAGCCUGGUGCUCAGCACUCCGCAGUACUUCAUCUUCUCCCUGAGCGAGAUCAAGAACGGCUCAGACGUUUACGACUGCUGGGCGCACUUUAUCGAGCCAUGGGGCGCCAAGGCGUAUAUCACCUGGAUAACCGUGGGCAUCUUCCUCGUGCCCGUGGUCAUUCUCAUGAUGUGCUACGGGUUCAUCUGCCACAGCAUAUGGAAAAAUAUCAAAUACAAGAAAAGGAAGACGAUGGCUGGCGCUGCGGGCAAGAACGGGCUAAUUGGGAAGAAUUCAGUCAGCAGCGUUACAACUAUAUCAAGAGCCAAACUGAGGACUGUUAAAAUGACUUUUGUGAUAGUUUUGGCGUACAUUGUUUGCUGGGCGCCGUUUUUCAUAGUACAGAUGUGGUCUGUGUGGGAUGAAAACUUCCAGUGGGCUGAUUCUGAGAACACAGCAGUGACUCUGUCUGCGCUACUUGCCAGUCUCAACAGCUGCUGUAACCCGUGGAUAUACAUGAUCUUCAGCGGUCACCUCCUCCAAGACUUUGUGCACUGCUUCUCCUGCUGCCUCAGGCUGAACUCUGACUUCAAGAAGGAGGACUCAGACAGCAGUCUCCGCAGAACAACGUUACUGACUAAGAUGACCAAUCGGAGCCCAAGGGGCAGUUCUGGCAACUGGAGAGAGCUGGACAAUUCUCCCAAGUCCUCCAUUCAGGCAGAGUAAACAGGCAGACAGGCUGUCUAGGGAGGCACACAAGGUACACAUACGGUAUCAAUUCAUCUUUACUUUGGGCAUGACCGACACUGAUUGAAUGCCCCCCAAACUCUAAGCAGAUAAAGCAUUUUAUGAGGAAAAUGGGAAGCAGUGAAGAAACAUGGUGCAGACUGAGAAUUUGCAACAAGGACAGAAAAUAUGGACACAUUACCUGUGUCUUCUUGUUGGAUUUUGUGUGCAAACAUGUUCCUUGUCCCAUAUCCUCAGCAAAAAAUCGUUAAGAUUCACUUAAAAUGUAUCAUGUUUUUGUAUCUCCACAAUUGUUUGUUAAAGCACUACCUAGAUGCCGAAAUGGGUUUUUACAUAAUUUUGUUCGAUACUUAAAAAAUCAGCAGCCCUAUGUAGUCCAGCAGCUUUUUUCCAGCGUGCUUCUUUUCAAUGCUUUCAACAGAUUUCCAAGAAUACUGAUGCUUUUACUGGUGGUUUUGUCUCCCCACAGUGCCGCCAAACACCCUUUCCUGUUCGAGUGUGUACAAAGAUAAAAAUUUACGUAGCAGCCAGGAGGUGUGGGUCAGUGAAAACAGCUCUUCCAGACCACACAUCUCUGAAGGGAAGGCGGCACCUCAUACUUUGUGCUUGGCUUUAAAUCUUGUUGUUUUUGUCAGAGCCAGGUUUGAGUGGUUUAUGUAGAAAAAUAUAUCAUUUCCUCUGAUCCAUCACAAAAAAAGUAAUGGCUGCAGGGUUUAGGCUACAUUUAUUAAUUAGGCCCUUCUGUGCAUUCACAUUUUUCUAGUUAUGUCAUGUUGCAGCAGGCAGGCCUUUGAAGAGUGAUUUUCAUUUCUGUAUAGCAGAGGCAGAUGAGAUUCCCUUCAAAAUAGCAGGACAUUCAAAGGCACGCACACACACACACACAUACGCACACACACACAUAGUGGGGUUGGCAGGGGUUUUGAUGAAGUGAAACCAGCCGCAGACCCCUCCCAUGGCUUUCACAAAACGUUGAGGAAAAUCUCACACAUUCCACACACUCUACGUCAACACACUUCCUGAUUGCUUUUUUUCCCCUAACAUCC